AAUGAUUGGCCUGAGCAUGUUUUAGACUUAUCUCCUUGAGAUCGCCAGGGGACUGCGGCUGCAGUAAACUCGUCUCUUUAUUUUCUGACACUUACAGGACGCGUUUCUCUACACACAACCAUGAGUCUUACAUUAGGCGAUAAACUCAAGCUACUCCCGACAGUGGUGGCAGUUGGCUUCACGCUGCUCUAUAAAUUCAUCUUUGGCCCUCUUCGCGGUACAAACGGAGCAAAAACCUUUGAUCGCGAAGUGUCAAACGCAGUUACACGCACUUUGACAAACUGGCUCAACGUCCGUCAGCUACAGCACAUACGCGGUUCGUCAACAGCUGCUUGGGAGAAAUGGAUAUCCACACAACCGGCCGAAGUGGAGCACUCAACCGAGUUGGUUGGUGAGGGAGCCAAGUUGCACUGGAUAGGAAGUAAGAAAGCCACCAAGAUAUUGCUCCAUCUUCAUGGUGGAGGAUACAUCCUCCCUCUUUCAGUCGGUCACAUGAAACUUACGAGCUACCUACGUGAUGGUGUCAAGGUCGCAAAUGGAACUGAUAUAUCUGUGGUUAUAUUUGAGUAUACGCGUGCACCGCAGGCACCGUAUCCUACUCAAUUCCGCCAGUUCAACGCUGCUUUGAAGCAUCUUGUCGAGUCUGGCAUCUCGCCGUCUAACAUCGUCAUAUCUGGUGACUCUGCUGGCGCUCAUAUUGCUCUGUGUGUCAUUUCUCAUCUCUUACACCCUCACCCCAUGGUCGACCCUCCGCCCGUACUCUCAUCUCCUCUUGCCGGUCUGCUCUUGAUUUCUCCUCGAACCACGAAUGCCCUCGUUUCACAAUCUUUCACGGAGAAUACCAAUAACGAUACUUUGAGUAAAGAGACGUUAAACCUUUGGAUAUCCACUUUCAGAGCUAACAGCCAUAUCGCUGAUGAUGAGGGACUUGAGAAAGACGGCUUCUACACGGAACCCUUGCGUGCGCCUCAAGAAUGGUGGGAUGGUCUGGCUACCAAGGUCGCAAACAAGGUCUUCAUAUCCGCGGGUGGACAUGAGUGCUUUAAGGACGACAUCAUCGCCUUUUCUGAGAAAUGGAAACAGUGCUCAGGUUUGGAUGUCACUCGUGUGGUUGAAGAACGAGGCAUUCACGAUUCACCCCUCAUGGACACUGAUGCUGGGAGACCUCCUACCGAUCUGAUGAAGGCAAUCGUGAGAUGGCUCGCCGAUAUCGCCAGACCAUGAGUAUGAAAACAACAGCUCUCCAACGAUUCCAAGGCCUCUAUUUCUAUCGGAAUUUAAAGCUAUCAUAUUUCCUUUCGUGUUAUAUAUGUUAUGAUCGCUUCAAUCUUGUAUUUAUCUUCCUUGUUGACCU